GCUAAGCUAGUAGGACCUUAUACAUUUCCAUAUAAAUAUGGACCACCCUACUCUACAUACAUUCAUUUCGUUUCUUUAUUAUUUAUUUCAUUUAUUAGCCAACUGCAAUCAUCAGCAGUGAAAUCGCUAAACAUUCAAAAUACCUUUUUUAAAUUCUGAACACCAAAUUUACCAAGUUAUAAUCGCAAGCAGUCUAAAUUUCUCCAUCAAAUCAAGCAGUUACGUUUUUGGAAAAUUGAAUUUUGAAAAUAAAAAAAAAAGGAAAAGAGUUACAGCAUGUAUGGCAACAAGCUGAGCUGGGCGGUUGGUAAGAAGACGGUGUUGUGUGUGGGCACCACGACCAUAGACUUCGUCUCGACCAUAGAGCAGUUCCCCGUGGAGCACACGUACGAGAAGGCCAUCGGGGGCUACUGGAUGCGCGGCGGCAACGCGUCGAACAACUGCACCGUGCUCUCGAAUCUGGGGGUCAAGGUGGAGUUCUUCGGCAUGCUGAGCAGCCUGUGUGUGUUUCAGGUGCUGAUCGAUGACCUGAAGGCGCGCGGCAUCAUCAUUGAGAACUGCCCGACCUGCGACCAGGACGCGCCGUUCGCCUCCGUGAUCCUCACCAAGUCGACCAAAACGCGCAACAUUGUCAUCUGCAACAGUGACUUUCCGGACGUGGGCAUCGAGGACUUCCGGAAGCUGGACCUCAGCCAGUACGGCUGGAUCCACAUGCGGGUGCUGCACUUCAAGAACACGCUGGCGAUGGUCAAGGAGCUGACGGCCUACAAUGCGGCCAGGCGGGAGAAGAUCGUGCUGUCGCUGGAGUUCGACAACAGCCUGGAGGAGAUGUGGCCCCUGAUGGACUACUGCGACUAUGCCAUAUUCUCCAAGCAGCUGGCCCAGCCCAAUGGCUGGGUUUCCCUGGAGGACGCCUGUCUGCAGCUCGACGAGCGGCUGCGCAUGCGCUGGGGUCUCAACCUGAAGCGCCCCUACGUGGUCGUCCUGUGGGGCGCAGAGGGCGCCGGCUUCUUGGAUCUCGACGGCAACUACACCCACGUCAAGGCCCACAAGCCCAAGCGCAUUGUGGACGCCCUGGGAGCGGGCGACACCUUCGUCGGCGCCUUCAUCUACGCCCUCUACAUCCGCGAAAGAUCCCUGCCCGUUGCCGUCGAUUUCGGCAAUCGCAUGGCCAGCUACAAGUGCACCAAAAAUGGCUACGACCACAUCGCUAAUAUCCUGCUGCCUCCGAUUCUAUAAUACUAUAUGAUUCAUGGCCCAACAUUUCAGAAAUUUAACCCAUACCGUUUUGUUGAUAAGCUAGUUAUUUU